CUCCCGAUGGAAGUUGACAGUUUUCUAAUGAACGUGAUCAGGCUGAGUGCCAAAGGUCACACAAAAUACAAGAACAGAUGGACGCAGCUCUCCACGCAGCAGAUCAAAGGCAAUCUGGACUACUACGGCACCGCUCUGGUCGUGCCCACGAUGCAACUCACGGGAGACAUGCUGCACGCGGAAGCCGUGACUCCGAUGCUGGACUACUCCACUGUCGGCGUCCGGAUCCUGGUCGAAUGGGCACGCACGUUUCUAGGCAAAAAUCCAGCCGUGGACGCGAGAAUGGCGGCGUAUCGGAAGUGCACGAGAGACCGAUCCGACAACGAGCUACCAGACGGUGAUGUCCCUGAUGACAUUUUGAGAUGGAUGCUGUUCGUGCCCUGGGCGCUCGACGUCGCAUUACUGGCCGCACAGAUGAGGUCUUCGACGGCCGCCAUAAAGGCCAAUGCCCAAUCCAGGGAUCAGCUCUUCUUUCGCCGCUUCUGCCACACAACUUGCGGAGACUAUCGCGCGGCAGCUGUGUGCUCUUACGGCACGCGCCAUUCGGUGAUGUUUGCCAGAGCGUUUGGCUGCCGGCGGGUUUCGACGCUUGCCUGCUAAUUAGCUCACUGUCAUGCUGGCUGGACAUGGUUGGGCAGCGAACACUUCAGGGGAUGCCGCUAUAGUUGUGCAGAAGCAUUUUUUUUGAUACGCUGAGAGGUUUUAAUCUCUGAAACACUUCUUUAUUCAUGCUAAUCUAGCAGGGCACGGGAGAACCUUUGUUGCACCCUUGGCAAAAUUGCGUGCGUGGAUUUCUUUGUUCACUUGUAUAGCAGGAUAAUGUUUCGACAAUAGAUAGUGAGUCUUUUGACUUGGUAAAGGGAUCUUUCUUUCUCACUGCGUAAACUAUUGUAGGACUUGUGUUCACUGCGCGAUGGUUUGUCAUGGAUACAUUGUCUUUAGGAACUUGGAGUCCAAGUUUAUUCCUAUGCUUAACUGUUGCAAUGGCUUCUGGGCACAGUGCUUAUUUGUAGCACUCGCUUUCUCAGCGUAUUCGCUAUAACGCAUCCGUUUUUUCUUGCGAAAAAAAUAUAUCAUGCGCGCUUACCCCGCAGUCUUUCAUACAACUAUUUUCAGUGAGCGUGGUUUGUAUGUUUUUUUUAAAUUUAGGACCCACUCGCAUAUUCAAGUUG